AUGUAUUUGGAUUCAACAUGUUCCAGUUCGGACCAAGCACCUGAUGAAAAUCAUCAUAAAUCUGAAAAUACUGCUGUUACAGAUGUUGACAUUGAAGAGCUUGAAAAACUUUUACCGUGUAUUAAACAAACUCCAACUGAUUAUGAAUUACUACUAAAAAAAGCCUGUCAACAACUUUUACAGCAUCCUUGCAGUGUUAUUUCAACGUUAUCUUUAGUUAAAGAAAUUGAUAGGGAAGCAGCAAAUUUACUUGUGGAUGAAUGUCUAUUACUGUUUAGUGAUGAUUUAUUUAAAGCUGAUAGUCAUCUGGAUCUUGAAGGCUACAUUAAAUACAUACCGAAUACUAUAGAUUUAAUAUUUAUUAACCGUCUGCUUCAUUACAAAGUCGAUCCGCCAUUAUAUGUUACGAACAUUAGUAUUCCACAAGUGUGGAAAUUCUACUUAUCUGACAACGCCAUCAUUCUCUUACGUUCUAUGAAGUUCUAUCAAAAAAUGUCGCUUUCUGUUAAAUUUUACUCAAAUGAACAUUAG